AUGUUCAUUGGUAGACCUGAAAAAUCAAUGAGCGAGAUUUCCAUCUCGAAUCAUGACGUUGACGUGCUUGAAAAGCGUUUCACUUGCUGGAACAGUUUGCCGAUGGAACUGAAAGUUAAAGUCGUUCGGAAUCUGCCGUACCCAACACUGAGGAACUUCAUGUUUCUUAGCAAGGAGUGCAUGGAAAUUGCGUUAUUGCUAAAGGCUUCAGUCCAUGCAGUCUUCCUUCUGGAUGCGGAGUACGGUGGGAGGAGUGGCUCUUUCGCAAAAAUCGUCGUGAACGACAAGCUGAGGAAGAGCUAUACUAUCGGAUUCGAGGGGAAGGGUAGGAGUUGCAUAGCACGCAGGAUAAGGAAUAGAGGGCAGAAUAUGGCUAAAGGACUAGAAUAUCCUAUGGAGUCGUGUUACGCUGUCUCGAUGCGUGUGUUAUUCCAAAUAGCGAAGAAUCUGAAACCUGAGAACGUAGUUUUGGAGUUGGCAAACGUAGGAGUUGUCAAAGAAACCUUGAGGAAGCUACCAUCCACAUUGUCAAUCACAUGUGGAGCGCUUACUGUACGCUCGACUGAUCUCUCUUUUCUUUCGAUGCUUCUGCCUCAUGUAACUCCCGGGUGCGAAUUACGAAUUGAUGGACGAAUCAUGAAUCCAUGCUUAUUCAUAACGAGUCGAUACUCAUUCAUAGUCAAACGUAAUAACUUGACUUCUAGGGUUUUCGACUUGGAAGUGGUAAAGGCUGCUCCCUUCAUCAGGAGUGUUGUUGACUGCGAUAUCAAUGACGAGCAACUGGUUCAUCUGAGAGCAUCUGAGCUUCAUCUCAGAGCGCCCAGAAUUUCGGAAAAGGGACUUAAUGGCCUGAUAUUGCAAUGGAUGAAAGGGAGUCGAAAAAUAGUCAGGAUCUGCAUUGUGGAGAAGACAUUCAACUUCGACAUGAUCUUUGAAAAUGUUGACAAAAGCAAAGUUCAGUCUAGUUCUCUUGAACUUCUGCAAAUUCCCUUUUUCGACAAAUACGUGAAAAUACGCCCUCCACACGAGCGUCUUGCUUUGGUUCGCAACGAAUUGGGUGAUCAGCUACUUGUGAACAUAAGCUGGAAGUUUUGCGAGAUAAUGGAUCCUUAUGCAGAGUACAUGUCACAGAAUUAUGAAUUCGCAUCAUUCCAAACAACUUCGUUCUGGAGUCCAUAACUAGUAUACCCUCAUGCGUGAUUUAUAGUUUAGGUUGUUGUUGACAUUUAAAGGUAGUGUCGAAUCUUGAUUACUAUUUCUACUGGUAAAGGUACAAUAACGCUGUUUGCAAAAAAGAAAGAGGC